AUACAUGUAGCCUUAGUAUUGUCUUGACGUCUCCCGGCUCCCUCCUCAUGGCCGAGCCCGCUCUCGUUGUGCGGAGGAGGAGUCGUCGUCUCGGCUCCGCUGGCAAGCGGAGCCGCACGCCCGCGCGGCCCGGGGCCGCUUGCUCGCCGCUGUCUCGCAAGAGACUGAGCUCUGGGGGUGAGGGGGCCCCGGCCGAGCCCCCGUGUAACAAUGAUAGUGAAGAGGAUAUGUUUGGUGACUACAGCAGCUUUCAUGAAAGUGAUUCUUUAUUAGCUCAAGUUCUUGAUGCAGAGCGCCAACACCCCCAGGAAAAAGAUGUGGACAUGAAAGCAGCUGCGGAGUUUGCACAUGGGAAUCUUCAGUCAGAAAUGGACCAAAACAAGCAAGGUCAUUUUCAUAUUACAGAAGAUAGUGGUGUACAUAAAGUGGAUGAAGAUUAUGGCUUCCAAAUUAAUAAAAAUGACCCCGGAGAUACCAAUGAAGACCUCAGUGAUUCUGUUUUAGAUGAAUUGCCUUCAUCACAACUUUUGUAUUUGGAGAAAAUGGGUGAGCUUUCAUCUCGUUCCCAGAGAUCUGCAGGCACAGAGAAGAUGGAUAAAUGCAAGAGUUCCUCCUUGGACAAAAUCGGGAGUCAAUCAUCUCCUUGUCCUAACUCUGAACACAAAAACAGAAGCACAAAAUGUUCCAAAAGCUCUAAGCCUGAUUCAUGUAAAAGCGUGAGUCUUAAAGAUCAUCUAAAAAGUGCUAUGACUGGAAAUGCCAAAGCCCAGACUCCAAAGAUCUCAAAGACCAAGCAGCUUAAAGAAGCUGUUUUAUCUGAAGAGAUUUUUGUUGCUAGGGAAACUCUCGGAUCGUCAUCUUUUGAUAUAGGCCCUUUUUAUGGAUUACCCAGUAAAGUUAAACAUCUCCUGAGGCAAUUUCGGGGGAUUGAAACACUUUAUGAAUGGCAGCAUGAUUGCUUAACAUUAAAAUCUCUCCAGCAGAGGAAGAAUUUGAUAUACUCAUUACCAACUAGUGGUGGAAAAACACUUGUUGCUGAAAUUUUAAUUCUCCAAGAAUUACUCUGCAGGCAGAAGGAUGUUCUGAUGAUCCUGCCGUAUGUUGCCAUUGUCCAAGAAAAGGUUUGGGGUUUAUCAAGCUUUGGGAUAGAAUUAGGUUUCCUGGUUGAAGAAUAUGCAGGAAGUAAGGGAAGAUUUCCACCCAUCAAGAGGAGAGUAAAAAAGUCACUUUACAUUGCUACCAUAGAAAAAGGGCAUGCUCUUGUGAAUUCAUUGAUUGAAACAGAUAGAAUCGAUGACCUUGGUCUUGUUGUAGUAGAUGAGUUGCAUAUGAUUGGUGAGGGAAGUCGUGGAGCAACGCUGGAAAUGACUCUUGCAAAAAUACUUUAUGCUAGUAAAAAUACACACAUUGUUGGAAUGAGUGCAACUUUAAAUAAUGUUGGAGACCUGCAAAAGUUCCUGCAAGCAGAGUACUAUACGAAAAAUUUCAGACCGGUAGAGUUAAAGGAAUACAUAAAGAUAAGAGAUACAAUUUACGAAGUUGACAGCAAAGCAGACAAUGGCUUUACUUUUUCACGUGUCCUUAAUUUCAAGUAUUCUAGUAGUCUGGAGAAAGCAGAUCCUGACCACAUCGUUGCACUGGUUACUGAAGUUAUUCCAAAAUAUUCCUGCCUAAUCUUUUGUCCCACUAAAAAGAACUGUGAAAAUGUGGCUACAAUGGUUUGCAAGUAUCUGAACAAAGAGUUCAGAGCUCACAGGGAGAAAGAGAAACAGGACCUCAUUAAGAACUUAAAGGAUAUUGGAAAUGGAAGCAUCUGUCCUGUUCUGAGGCAAACAAUUCCUUUUGGUGUUGCCUAUCACCACAGUGGCCUUACAAAUGAAGAAAGGAGGAGUAUAGAGGAAGCAUACUCUAGAGGUGUCCUGUGUCUUCUUGCUUGCACAGCUACAUUAGCUGCUGGAGUCAACUUGCCAGCUAGAAGGGUGAUUUUAAGAGCCCCUUAUGUUGCUAAUGAGUUCCUGAAGAAGAAUCAAUAUGAACAGAUGAUUGGCAGAGCUGGUCGAGCUGGUAUUGACAAUGCUGGUGAAAGUAUUCUCGUAGUGCAGGAAAAAGACAAACAUUUGGUUCGAGAUUUAAUUACCAGUCCUUUGGAGAAUUGUUACAGCAAUCUUCUGCCAGAGUCCACCAAGGGAAUGCAGUACCUGUUGCUAUCAUUGGUUGGACUGAAGAUUGCAGUUACCCAAGAGGAAGUGUACGAUUUUAUGUGCCAUACAUUGCUGGGUGUUCAGCAGCAGCUGCUGUCAAAAGAGAAGAGCCUCUCAGAGAUCAUUAGAGAUGAACUAGAAAAUCUAAUAGAAAAGGGACUCUUAAAAGGAAAAAUAAUGGAAAAGGAUCAAAAUUCAAAAAGUACACUAACAAUCACUCAGUUGGGUAAAGCUACAUAUAAAGGGUCUAUAGAUGUGUCGUACUGCAAUCUUCUUUACAAAGAACUCAGGAAAGGCUUGGAAGGGCUGGUUCUUGAGAGCAGUCUUCAUCUUCUCUAUCUGGCUACUCCAUAUGAUGUGGUUUCCAACUGUAGCCCAGACUGGAUGAUAUACUUGAGGCAGUACUCAAAACCCUGACUGUAACCUUGAUGCUAGCCUUGCCAUGAGCAGGAUGAUUGAUCUGGGACAAGAAUUACCUAUAAUCUAAUUACCCAUGUCCUGCAAGGAAACUGUAGUUAAGUGAGCCAUCUUUACCAUCUGUUGCUAUGUCAUUUUGUCCUUAAUUUUGGGAGUAAGAUCUGCUAGUGAAUAUUAAGUCUUAAUCCUCAUUACUUCUGCAUCUGAGUCUAAUGCUUAGCACCAAUCAAAACUGCAAUGAUCAUCACCAUGGGCAGUACCUAUCUACAAACUACUAUGCUUACAUAAACCAUAAAAACACAGAUCUUACUCUAGCAUUGCAUGCCUUCAGCCUCUGUAAGAUCCAAAUACUCAUCUUCUCUAAAGUGUACUAGACUAGAGGUGACACUAAAUUCUGUAUCGCUGCCUUUGUUAAUGUGUGGUACUCAAGAAAUUGACAGGUAAAGAAGCUGCAGGUCUGACUGCAGAGAGGUCAGCCUAGUAUUCAAAUGUUAGAUACAGCUGUUUAAAAGCAUGGUUUUACUUUCAGAAACAGGCUUCUGAUUUCGGUAACAUGCUUCAUAAGAAGCACACAACCUUUGUAUACAUACACCAGAAGGUUAGCAGCUGAACACAUCUGUAUAUGUAGCCUUAAACCAGUGGAGUUAAAGGUGAAAAAGUAUCAAAGUUUCUCAUUUGUGGAGGAGAAGGGAAAGCAAAAUUACCUAUUUGCCCGCAGGUGGGAUGAGUAUUAGACAAAUGUGAUGCAAACUAGUUUUUAGAGCUAAAUAUACCACGUAUACAUUGUCUACAGCUGUUGUGAUUUGUAACAUUUAACUUCUAAUUAGUUGUUAUGAAGAAAUGAUUUUGACUGUAGUCAAUCUUC